AUGGAAGCUUCACAAACCCAGAAGUCACAUGAUGGAAAAGCUAUCGAAAUGCGAAUCGGUGUCCAUAGUGGUUCUGUUCUCGCUGGUGUUGUUGGGACAAAAAUGCCUCGCUAUUGCCUGUUUGGUAAUAAUGUCACGUUGGCCAACAAAUUCGAAUCUGGCAGUAUUGCCAAGCGAAUAAAUAUUAGCCCAACAUCAUACGACUUUUUUUCUUUCUUUAUUUAUUUAUUUAUUUAUUUCGUUCGUUCAUUCGUUCUGUCUUUCUUUCUUUCUCUUCCAGUGUGUAAAAAUAGGAAGAAAAAACCGUUUACUGUAGUCUUCCAUUUCUUUCUUUCUUUCUUUCUAUCUAUCUAUCUAUCUAUCUAUCUUUUUCUUGUGUGUCCCAUACAUUUUCUCUAUUCCAACCCCCUUUCUUUCUUUCUUUCUUUCUUUAUUUCUUUCGUUCGUUCGUUCGUUCGUUCUUUCUUUCUUUUAUUCUUUCUCUUGCAUCUUCCAUUUCUUUCUUUCUUUCUUUUUCUUGUGUAUCCCAUACAUUUUCUCUAUUCCAACAGCCUUUAUUUCUUUCGUUCGUUCGUUCUUUCUUUCUUUUUUUCUUUUUCUUGCAGUGUUCUUCCAUUUCUUUCUUUCUUUCUUUCUUUCUUUCUAUCUAUCUAUCUUUUUCUUGUGUGUCCCAUACAUUUUCUCUAUUCCAACCCCCUUUCUUUCUUUCUUUCUUUAUUUCUUUCUUUCUUUCUUCCGUUCGUUCGUUCGUUCGUUCGUUCGUUCGUUCUUUCUUUUUUUAUUCUUUCUCUUGCAGUGUUCUUCCAUUUCUUUCUUUCUUUCUUUUUCUUGUGUAUCCCAUACAUUUUCUCUAUUCCAACAGCCUUUCUUUCGUUCGUUCGUUCGUUCUUUCUUUCUUUUUUUCUUUUUCUUGCAGUGUGUAAAAAUAGGAAGAAAAAACCGUUUACUGUAGUCUUCCAUUUCAUUCUUUCUUUCUUUCUUUCUUUCUUUCUAUCUAUCUAUCUAUCUAUCUUUUUCUUAUGUGUCCCAUACAAUUUCUCUAUUCCAGCCCCCUUUCUUUCUUUCUUUCUUUCUUUCUUUCUUUCUUUUAUUCUUGCUCUUGCAGUGUGUAAAAAUAGGAAGGAAAGAUCGUUUACUAUAGUCUUCCAUUUUUCUUUCUUUCUUUCUUUCUUUCUUUCUUUCUUUCUUUCUUUCUUUCUUGUGUCUGACGUGCCAACUCGAGCCUGGCGUGCAUCCAAUAAUCAAGAAUUUACCCGUCUCUCCUUCUUAGUUGCCAAUGACUACACGAAACAAAUUCUACGCAACUCUUCGCGCCUGAGUUUAGCGUCUUAA